AUCAGCGGACUUGGGCGUUGUACUCCGCAUCUCAUUUGCGGUGGGGCCAAUUUCUCCCAUCUACAAACUCUCCUCGAGGAAAAAAAAUAGGAAGAAUUCGCAUUUCUUUUCCUCUUUUCGCAACAUCCUCUCCGAGCGUUUAUUAGUCCCGCUGUAGUUCAUCUGGUUUCGAGUUUUUUCCUCGGUUUUGUCGCGUGUGGAGGCUUCGGCGUGCCUUGAAUUUUUGGGAGGAAGCUUGCGGUCUUUGUUCAUUCAUUUGAUCGGUUGGGUUCCUUUGUUGGAACAAAAGCAUGGGAGCGCAAACCUCCAAAACCGCUGGAAAAGAGGAAGCUGCGGUGGAAAAGCCGGCAGAAGGCGCAGCUGUUGCGUCUAAGACGAACGGACAGGAAAAUGGCCAUGCCAAAACCAAUGGAGAUGCCUCUCCUGCUGCAGAAGAAGCCAACAAAGCUGAUGUGCAGGUCAAUGGAAGCACUCCUACUGAGGAGGCACCUAAAGGAGAGGGUGAGAAAGUAGAUGGUGAAGAGGCCAGUGGAGAGAAGGAGGCGUCCGCCACAAAUGGGGAGACCUCUGCCAAAGUAGAAGAAGGCACCCCGUCCACCAGCGAGGAUGGCAAGCAGAAGAAAAAGCGUUUCUCCUUCAAGAAGCCCUCUUUUAAGCUCAGCGGCUUUUCCUUUAAGAAGACCAAGAAGGAGUCUGAGGAGGCAGCAGAAGAGGGAGCGGCAGCAGUGGCAGAGGCGGCUGAAGGAGAGAAGCCUGCUGAGGAUGCCAAACCAGCCGAGGCCAGCGAGGAGGCUGCAGCCGAGGAGCCAAAGGUGGAGGAGGUGAAGGCGGAGGGAGCUGCUGAAGGAGAAGAGAAACCAGCUGAAACUUCACCCACUGAGCCAGAGACGGCAGCCAGUCCAGCAGCCGCCGCCGCCGAGUAAUCCUGCUGAACCACACCAGAAUGAAGGAGAAGAUGUAGCCCGUCUGAAGGAAUGCGAGGACUUGUCUGAAACCAGGGAAUUUUUCUUUUGUUUAUUUUGGUUCAUUUCUUUUUCUUGAUGUAUGUUUACUACUCUGCAACCAUCUCAUCCAUAAUGACUGCAAUGUCCCUGGCGGUGUUGGACAGGAGGUGCAGCAGAGGGUGUGCUGCUUCCUCACUGCUUCAUGGUGCUUGCAUUUGUAACAUGGGUGAGUGUGAAAGUGCAAAUGUGAGUGGAUUAACUUUUAAACACAACACAUUGCUGACUUUUUUUCCUCCGUAUAUUUAAUCAAAAGUAUUUGGUGCUGGGCAAUUGGAUGUAGCAGCUAAAGCUGUGUCUGCAAGAUCUGACACAUUGUGAUUAUUUAAAGGGAAAAGUCCUUAACCAAGUCCUAAAUGUUGUCAUUGCAGUGCACAGUUGUUUACAACUCUUUUAAAGCUUAAUGCUCCUGUGAACACAAACCAUUCCUGAAAUAGAUUUAGCUAACUGUCAACAAAACAAAAAAAAAACGAACAAUAGGUGCGCCAUCACUUUUCCAUUAGAUUCCACAGUUUCAAAAAUUCUGUAGUAACGCACGUUGUAUAGACUUUGAUAUUACUGGUUUUAUGGCUGAGAUGUACCUAAUGACUGAAGUUUUUAACUGAUUACCCAUUGUAAAUGAAGUGUUGUUAUUUUUCUUUUUUCUUUUUCACCAUUUGUAAGAUUGAAUAAAAUUGGGAGAUGUUUUAAGCAGACUUUGCAUCAAGCUGUGAUGACUCCAACACCACUUUGAACCGACACACAAAAGCACACAGAAUCAGCGUUUCAGAUGCAGUCUUAACAGCAUUUUUCUGUACAUAACCAGGCUCACCUUAUUCAAUAUGGAAUGUAACAUUGCCUGCAAAUUGGUGACAAGGUGUUGAGUUUUUUCUUUUCUGUGAAUUCUGAAGAAUAAAGCAAAUGAAGUGUGAA